CUCUCGGCAUCUGUGUGUGUCGCUCUACUGACAACAGCCGCCAACGCUCCAGGUUAUUCGGCUCAGUAAGUCGCAUCGCGUUUUGAUCACCGCUCAGUUGAUCGGAGCCAUUCAAACGCGUCGCUGCUGCUCAGUGAAUUCAAUUUGCUGCUUACCCUAAUAAGAAGAAAAAAUAAACUACACACAUAUAUAGUAUUUAUACGUAUAGAACUGCGUAUACGUUGUAUAUACCCUUUGUGUAAAUUCAACAUUUUAUUGCAAACAAAAAAAAAUAGCGCGAAUUAGGUGUUCAUAAAUUAUAACAAAAAAAAAAAACGCGUUCAGAAUAGUUUCGAGUUUUUUGUUGUUGCAAAUUUAAACGUUGUUGUUCCGUCGGAUAUUGGUGCACAGAUGCCUUAAAUUUGCGUUCGUCGUCAUGUGAUGUUUGCUUAGUGCGCAGGCACGUAAAACCACAACGACAAAAAAAAACAAAAAAACAAAUCACAACACAAAAACGCUACGAACAAAUUAUUCAGUCAAAAUGUUUAAGGAGAAGUGCAACAGUUGCUGAUAUUGGUGACGUUCGAUCCCUAAAUAAGAAGGAAGUUUGAACGCAAUAAAGGAGUUGAACUGCUGCAAAAAAUGUAUAGCGAUAAUGGAACGGAGUACAGCACAAGCACAAAUUCCAAUUUACACAUCAUAAAUCGAAUCAAUGGCAAGAAUUGCAGCACAUCUUCAACAGAUUCGGGCGUCAGUUUGAUUGAUAAUACGGCCACAUACAAGGCGGAGCCAACGUCCAAAGAUAACAGUUACAAGAAUAGCACAAAUUGUGAUGAAACAAAGCAAACGCCGGAAGAGACGGAAACAAGUCCGCAUCGUAUAAGCAUUGAGGUUGAGGCAAAAGUAGACGUCAAACAGAAGCCAUCAGCAGCAGCAGGAACAGGAAAAGGAGCGAAAAAAUCAUCACCCGCACUCUCAAUACGCAGCACAACGAUCUCCAUUGUAUCGAUCGAUGAGAAUGCCAUCGAUUCCAGCUGCAUUGACAGCGACUCUGAGGCAGAGCCAGACGAUGGCUGUACGGUGCAGAAGCUUGGCCAACAGGUCACCUACCCGCCACAAAGCGACGAACUGACGCAGCUCAACAAAGGGCUAACGGUGAUUAGUCGACAGGUGGUGCCCUGCACAGGCGAGGGGCUGCCAGCACCGCCCACAUCAGCUGAUAUCGUGGCCAAACAGCUGCUCAAUGGCAAUCUGGGCCUGGUAACGCCACCAACGCCAGCCACGUCCCAGCAAAUUGGCAAUAUUGCGUUAACCAACACGACAGAUGUUACCUUUGGCGACAAGCACUACUACGAGGGUCCUGUUACGAUACAACAGAUCCUGAUCGAUAAUCGUGAAAAGUUCAAAAAUCUCGAUGGUCAUGAAAAUCCCGGUUACGAUCCACAAUCAAAGGCAAAUGGCAACGCUCCAGAUGAUAAGGUGAACGAGUCGUGCAAGGAGCCCGUGUUGUGCCCGUUUCUGCCACAUUCAAUCAGUCGCAAGGCCAUUAUUAUAACAGCAAUCUUUGUGGUGUUAACCAUAAUACUGGGAGUUAUAUUGGGAACGACCACAAAUCUAUUUGGAAAGACGUUGAAUAAAAGUAAGCUUGGUGAUGGCGACGAUUCCCGACUAAAUAUUCCAAUCAAUUCAACAAUAGAUCGGGACAAUAUCGGGGGUGGCCUAGUCCUGAGAUUUGUGCCCCGUGCUGCUUGGCUGGCGCAGCCACCACAGAAGGUGCUACCUAAUCUGGAUCUGCCGGUGCCCAUGGUUAUAGUAUUGCCCACAAAUUCAGAGAACUGCAGCUUUCAGGCGCAGUGUGUAUUCAGGGUUCGCUUUCUGCAGACCUACAACAUUGAGUCGCAGCAACUUGAUGACAUUGCAUUCAAUUUUCUCAUUGGCGGCGAUGGCAAUGUGUAUGUGGGACGUGGCUGGGAAACGGUCGGUGCCCACAUGAUUGGCUACAAUACGCGUAGCCUGAGUCUUGGCUACAUUGGCUAUUUUCGGCACCAACAGCCAUCACCGAAGCAGCUGAAUGUAACCCGACUGUUGCUCGAGGAAGGCGUCAAAUUGGGUAAAAUUGCCACCAAUUAUAUAUUGGUGGGUGCUGGCAGCUUGGAGCCCGGUCAAACCGAAUACAAUGCAGAGCAGCUAUACCAGAGCUUUAGCAAUUGGACACACUGGACCACAGUAGUUUAAGCCAUCCAAGAAAUAAUUGUAGUCAUGACUGGAUUUUUUUGGUUUUUUGAUUUGUGGCAUAUUUCACUAAGCUAGUAUUUGUAAGUCUUCUAAACAAAAUUGUGAUAAUAAAAAAACAAAAGUA